AUGCUUCGUCUCGUGGCUCUUUUGCCAUUUUUGAGUAUUGCAGCCGCCGGAGUGAUUGCCAAGACCGACGAGGACUGUCUUUCGUGUGUGAGCCGUGGCAAAGAGUGGUGCAGUUCCAUGAAAACUUGCGAUGUGCUCUGGUGCCCUUCUGAGCAUUCGAUUCUGGUAAGUUUUCGAUAUUUUUCAACUUCUAGGGCUUUAGAAUCACGUUAAACUGCCUAAAAUUACCCCAGAAAUCUAGUUUUUCAAGUUUUUGUGAUACUUAAAUUUUACCAAAUGACCAUUCAAACUUUGAGACGUUCUAGAGCCUUCCACAUAAAUUUUUCGAAUUCAGUGUAAAAGACUUUUUUGUUCUCCAUAAAAUUCUGCGUCGAAUGACACCGUACUCUUGCAGAACAAGCUAAACUGUCCGCAAGAGCAACGUGACGCGAAAUUCGAGUACGACGACACGUUUGUUCGCAAGAAGAUUCUGAUCACGACGGCGGCGGUGAAUUCGAACAAACCGCAGCAGUGUUUCGAGUAAGUAGCGUAGCCUCUCGACGAACUACAGUAACCCGUCCCCCAAGAGUACAGUAAUCAAAUGCCGACGAUGAAGGUGUACAACACGUACGACGUGAACUGCUCGUCGCUUCCGCCGGCGGUUCCGUGCUUCGCCUACACUGCCGUCGAUGUGACGCAAAAAGUGAUUGCGAUCUCGUUCCGCGGCACUCAAAACAACCUACAAUUGGCCGAAGAGCUUAUCACCUAUUUUUAUAAGUGAGUUGUGAAUCAGCCAGCAUCGGAACACGCACAAACAAUGAUAAGCGCCACGUGGAGCCAUUUUUGUGUGUCUCUGUGUGUGUGUGUAAAUUCCUCACAUUCUGGUUAUAUUCGUACCGAUAGAUUCUCGUGUCUAAAAUCGAUUUUCUCAUUGACUUUUGCAUCAGAGAUGUUGGGAAUUCCGUGUUCCGUGUUCCGUGUUCCGCGUUUUUUUGCAAUAUUUUUUCCGUGUUCCGUGUUCCGUAAAAAAAAAAUUUCCGUGUUCCGUGUUCCGUAGAAAUAAGUUUUUUCCGUGUUCCGUGUUCCGUGUUCCGUAAAAAAAAAAUUUUCCGUUUUCCGUGUUCCGUGUUCCGUAGAGUAAAAUUUUUAUUCCCAACAUCUCUGUUUUGCAUUACAAUCAGAGUUGAGCGGAAAAACUCAACGGAAGAAUUUUUAUCUUUUUUAGAAAAUUUUUUCAUGAAAUGUGAUCAACUGACGAAAUGUAUAGUAAACUGAACUGUGCUCAUAGAAAAAUAAUUGUAAUUUUAGCUUUUCGUACAAAAAAAUUAUUCGAGUUGUUCCGUGAAAAUGUCCUUACAACUCGAAUAACUUUUUUGUAUGAAAAGCUAAUUUUAUAACUAUUUUUUUAUGAGCAGACUUCACUUUGUUAUACAUUUCGCCAGUUGAUCACAUUUCAUGAAAAAAUUUUCUAAAAAAGAUAAAAAUUCUUCCGUGUUCUUCCAUCGAGUUUACAAUAUGUAUAUCAUUACAGUUCACAACGCAAAUUCUCGACACACGGCGCCAUCUUCUCCUACUUCUACGACGCGUUCAUGUUCCUCUGGGAGGGCGGACUCCACAAAGACGUGCUGCACCUCAAAAAGACGCAUCCGAAAUUCGAAGUGUGGAUAAACGGACACUCGCUCGGCGGCGCGCUCGCCUCAGUCGCCGCCUCUUUCAUGGUCGACGAGCGGAUUUUCGCGGCGGAGAACAUCAAACUGAUCACGAUGGGCCAGCCGCGGACCGGCGACUACGACUACGCGUUGUGGCACGCACAGACGUUUCCCUACUCGUAUCGCAUCAUUCACAAUCGUGAUAUUGUGCCGCACGUGCCGCCGCAACUCGGCAUCGGCUACAGUAUGUACCAUCAUCGAACGGAGGUCUGGUACCCGAACGACAUGGGACAGGGCGCCGAGUUCCGAAAGUGCGAGAGCGCCGACGGAUACUAUUGCAGUGCGACACUGGAUUUCGGCUUGAGCUACGACGACCACGGACUGUACUUUGUGAAGGAGAUGCCCGCGUGGGGUGGAAUGGGCUGUCCGACCCUUUGGAUUCGUUAG